AUGGUCAUGGCUGACAGUGUCCAAAAACCGCAGAUCCGGGGUCCGGUCCGAGUGGGCUUCUACGACAUCGAGCGCACUUUAGGAAAGGGCAAUUUCGCUGUCGUGAAGCUGGCCCGACACCGCAUUACCAAGACCGAGGUGGCCAUUAAGAUCAUCGACAAGACCCAACUGGAUGCUGUCAACCUGGAGAAGAUCUACAGGGAGGUUCAGAUCAUGAAGAUGCUGGACCACCCCCACAUCAUCAAGCUCUACCAGGUGAUGGAGACGAAGAACAUGCUAUACUUAGUCACGGAGUAUGCCAAGAAUGGGGAGAUUUUCGACUACCUGGCGAAGCAUGGUCGUCUCAGUGAGCUGGAGGCCAGGAGGAAGUUCUGGCAGAUCCUGUCGGCGGUGGAGUAUUGUCACAACCGCAACAUUGUCCACAGGGACCUGAAGGCGGAGAAUCUGCUGCUGGACGGCCAUAUGAACAUCAAGAUUGCAGAUUUUGGAUUCGGGAACUUCUUCCAGCCUGGGGAGCCUCUGGCCACGUGGUGCGGCAGCCCGCCUUAUGCUGCUCCAGAGGUUUUUGAAGGCCAACAGUAUGAAGGCCCACAGCUGGACAUCUGGAGUAUGGGGGUGGUGCUGUAUGUGCUGGUGUGUGGCGCGUUGCCCUUUGACGGGCCCACUCUGCCUGUGCUUCGACAGAGAGUCCUAGAAGGAAGGUUUCGCAUCCCUUACUUCAUGACUGAAGACUGUGAGCACCUUAUCCGCAGGAUGCUGGUCCUGGACCCAUCGAAGCGUCUGUCCGUGGCCCAGAUCAAGGAGCACAAGUGGAUGGCUCUGUACGCUCCUGUACAGAGGCCGGUUCUGUACCAGCAGCCUCUGUCUGCUGAGGGCGAGACGGGCGUGGGAGAGUACAGCGAGCAGGUCCUUCGGCUGAUGCACAGCCUCGGCAUCGACCAGCAUAAGACUAUAGAGUCUCUGCAGAACAAAAGCUACAACCACUUUGCUGCUAUCUACUACCUGCUGGUGGAGCGGCUCAAGGCCCAUCGCUGCAGCUUCCCCGUCGAACAGCGGCUCGACGCCCGCCAGCGACGACCCAGCACCAUCGCCGAACAGACUGUGGUCAAGUCGACCAGUGGUUCAGCCCAGGUGGGUCUGCUCCCGCAAGGCGUUCGUCUGCUGCGUUCCCCUGCUGUGCCCCAAGCCUCCUCCGAUGCUUUCACCUUCCCCCAGACUGCAUGUGCCCUGGAGCAGAAUUUCACAGUCGAGGAUGUCAACACUCCCAAAGUGAACGGCUGCCUGCUGGACCCCCUGCCUCCCCCCACUGUCCUCCGCAAGUCCUCCACCUCGUCGCCUAGCAACAUGAUGGAGACCUCGAUCGAUGAGGGUAUUGAGACUGAGGAGCCCGACACAGAGGAUGAUCCGCCCCACCUGCUCUCAGCCUAUCAGACAGCCCGGUUCGGUCAGCGGCGACACACCCUCUCUGAGGUGACCAACCAGCCGGGGACUUCAAACCAAGGGAAAUUAUUCGCUCUCGGCCACAACCCCUCUAUGGGUAGUGUGGACUCGGACAUGGGCUACGACAUGGGCUCCAUGCAUAGCGACCUCGGCCUGCUAGAGGAUCCCCCCUCUCUCAGUGAAGUGGUACAAGCCAACAGCUCUGCCUCUGGCAUCACUGCUGCGCCUUUCAUGAGCGCUCGGCCCGCCAACCCAGCAAUGGCCGCCCUGACUUCACAGCACAGAGAGGCGCACAACCGCUCCCCUAUCAGCUUCAGAGAAGGACGCCGUGCCUCUGACACCUCCCUUACCCAAGGUCUGGUCGCAUUUCGGCAGCACCUCCAGAACCUGGCGAGGACCAAAGGCAUCCUGGAGCUGAACAAAGUCCAGAUGCUGGUGGAGCAGAUGGGCUCCGGGGAAGGGGCCGCCAUGGGCCCCCUGGGACCACAGCACCAUUUGCACAACCUCCUGGAGGGCGAGGCUUCCAAGCAGCAGGAGGGCCUAGCUUUAUACCAAGGUGGGCCGCAUCCACCUCUGCUGUCCCGCAGACAGAGUUUGGAGACACAAUACCUCACUCAUAGACUACAGGCCAACGUCUUGGCUAACAGUCCUGCUAGCUGCCAACUUUUCUGUAAGGAGACUCCUCGAAGUUUAGAGCAACAGCUGCAGGAACACAGACUGCACCAGAAGAGGAUGUACCUGCAGCAGUCACAGGGCAUGGGGCUGCAGACCUACUUCAACCAGAUGCAGAUAGCUGAAGGCUCGUACCCGACAGGCAGCCCUGCUCUGGACCCGACGGCAUCCCAAAGCUCCCCUCAGGGCCCCUCCAUGUCAGCCGCCCACCAGCCUCAGCCCCAGCAGCAAGGCAGUCCUCAGGCCUCACCUCCUUUCAACCACCCACACAGCCUGAGUCCUUUGAUGGAACCGGGCGAGGGCCUGCUUUAUGAUCCCUACAUGGGCCACCACCACUACACCCAACACCUGCCCCCUGGAUCUCACCUCCACCACCAGCUCCAGCCUCAUGAAGCCUCUGCCAGCGGCCUGGGCUUCAGCUACCCUUCAGGCUGUGAACAGCAGAUCCUGGGACCUUCCACCGAGGCUCUCCACCCAGAGCAGUACGAGUUCACGCUGGACCCCAACUUGCUGCCCCCGCCUGCUCCAGGAGAGGCAGAGGCCAGAGCUAUGGCUGGGGUUUUGGCUGGUCCGGGGCAGUCAGAUGGCCUGGGUCUGCCUGAUCUGCAGAGCUCCCUCCUGGACAGUGAGAUGAUGGAGACCGUGGACUCCCAGCAUGGCUUCGUACUGGUCAACUAAAGCCAGCUGAUGGGGGGUUAACAGAAAGCAGUAUUAAGCAAUGACAACCCACACAGCACUAAGAGCAGAGAGAGUGGAAAUAUAAGGGGAGGCCACAAGCGUAGCAACAGGGAUGGAGAAGUGUUAAUUUUUGUACGACUAAUACAAACUUCAUUUCUUAGUUGUGACGAACCUCAAGACAACCUUUCUACCAAAACCCUCCCUUAGCCUACCUCCCUUACUCCCUCUCCUCCUCUGUUCUCAUCAGCUCCGUGAGGCAGCAACAGGUCCAAAAUGUGAGCCUGGUCCUGCUGACUUGGUGAAGCCGCUGCUGUCACGGACGUUGUGGCACCUGUAAGGACUGCGCCGUGCAGCCCGCAGGAGGGGGGAGGAUGCUGCACGUCCUGGAGUGCAGCAUUUCACCUAAAAAAUGGUUGGAAGUGAACUAAUUUAGGACUGACUGACAGGCAACCAAAAGGACAGUGGCUGGCAGUGCUUUUUGUAUUUAAAAUAGGACGACAUCAACAACAAUAGACUGGUUCUUAAAAACACUUUUGUGCUUUUUUUUUUUUUAUUUCAGUAGAUUAAAAAAACAACUGAACAACAGAAAAUGGCCCUCAUUUAUCAUGGUACCAUGGAUAUCUCCACAAAUUCAAAUGUUAAAAGUAUUUUUGUUCACUUUUGUGGAAAUUAGGUUUCACACUAAUGACAGUGCUAAGGCUAACAGCGUAGUUUUCAACACUAAUAUCUACAGUAUUCCUCCAAAAAACACCCAUAACAUGCUGAGUGAAGCACCAGAUUGGUGACUAUGCACCAUUUGUUGAGCUACAUUUGUGCUUCUAACAGUGUUAAACUCUCCAAGCUAUUAUUUUAGUUGAAUAAUGAAAAUAAUAAAUGCAAAUCUGUAGCUGCAGGCUUUUAUGUAAGCUUUGUAACAUAAAUAAUAGCUUUUUUUUUUUAGUUUACUUUGUUUUGUUUUGUGACUCUUAACUACUGAUCCUGAUUGAUUUCUUACACUACUGAACUGCUAUUCCACCUUUCCAUCCGAUUGCGCACACACGCCAGGCUUCAUUAUACUCAAUAAGAUGAGGAUAAUUACCAGUUUCUGCUGGAGAAAUGGCCUUGCGUCUGUUUAACAAUUGAAUUGUGGGUCAUGCGUUUGCCUGAUAAAUGAGGGCUGAUGUAAUUAACGUGUGUUUGGUUGAGACGUAGCGGUGUUAGACAGUUGAUAUUAUUCUAUUUUUGUGGCAAUACUGAAGCAAUAUUAAUCCUUAAUGUGGAGGGAUUAUGAAUGGAAGCCUCACCUGUACAGCCAACUCUGAUUGGUUCCCAGGGACCUCUGAGUCGUCAGCAGUGACAUCACUUGAGCUGAUGAUGUAACCAGGAGAUAAUCUCUCAUUUGCUCGUCCUGGAAGUGCAGGGUCGAGCCUGGAUACAGUGUGUGUGCGAGUGUGUGUGUGUGUGUGUGUGUGUGCGUGCGUGUAUGUGAGUGUGAUUACGUUUUUGUUUUGUUUUUUUGUUUUUUUUUUGCACAAUUUAUCCUUCAAAUUUGUCGAAUCAUUCGUCGUCAUUACUGAAAAAGACAAACACUGUAUUGACGUCUCCUUUCAAGAUAACACAAACUGUGCUUUUCCCUCAGUGCACAGCUGUAGCUUUUAGAUUAAUUCUGGUUUACAUCCUCGAUGCUCCAGUCAUGCCUCUGUUGUUGUUUUAUCGAUGAAUCGUGUUUAUAAUAAUAAUGAAACCACCCCUUAAAGAUUCCCUGCGUUAAAUUUUCAUGAAAGAAUGUUUCCUCUCUGACGUUGGGGGCUGCUGUGAGACAAAGACCAGACGGGCGUCGGUCACCUGAUGCUGGAUUUUUAACAAUAGGAUCCGCUCUUGUCUGACAGCAAGCCGGCAACAAGACGAGAGAUGUUUUUUUUUUCUUUUACAGCACUUAGACUGUGUUCAAAUCUACUUGAAGCGCACAGAUGUAACUUCUCUGACAUCAUGAUGAUGAUUUGAAAGAAAAAAAAAACUGCUUCUCAUUGGAAUAACAGAACGGCAAACAUCAGAGGGUUAUCAUGAGAUUAUUGGACUGUAGCCAUCUGCCAUCAGUGUGUCGAGGGUUCAACUCCAGGAGUGUUUAUAGUCAGAUGAGACGAUCGCUCUGUGUUUAGACUUGGCUCAGCAGAUCUAUCUUGGAGUUCACAGGUGGUUUCUUUGAUGAUGACGCGAUAAAUAUGGACCAACUGUGGUUACAGUCUUGUACAAGACUUCAAAGAAAAAUCCAACUUUAAAUUCUUUUGACACCAAAUUAUCUGCCAUUUAUUGUCUUGACUGAUCAAUUUGUUGUUUAGUGAAUUAUUCUCAUCACAAUUUGAGGUUACUCUUGAGCUACAACAGUUAGGCCAAUCAAUUGAUUCAUUUUGAUCACUGCUUAAUCAUUUUAGUAAUUUUUCAAGUAAAAAUGUCAUAUUUGCUGUUCCAGCUUCUUAAAGUUAAAGGGUAACUCAUCACUUUCACUGUGUUCCCAGUUUUUGAGGAGUACUACUGCAUAUGUGAAAAAUGUAGUAUAAAGCCUUUUUGUGGCUCGAGCAUGUAAUCUGAUAAAUUACCUCCAGUGAUGUCACUCAGUGGAUAAAUUGCAUGGUGGGUAAUGUGUCAGGUUUUGAGAAGGAAGGCGAAUACGUGGAAAAUUGAAGGUGAUAUCUCUUCUCCUCCUGUACCGAUUUUGAUUAUUUCUUUUUAAUUUGACCAACUGACCGCUUUCCAAAGCCUGGAGCCUACAUUACCCACAAUGCAACCUAGCCAGUGAGUGACGUCUCUUGAGGUAUUUUAUCAGAUUAGAUGCAUUUCCCUCUAGAGCCACAAAAGACUUUAAACUACGUUUCCACACAUGUAGUAGUACUCCUCAAGAACUGUGAACACCUGAAUGUGUAAAAUUGGCAUCUUUGUCAUUUAUGACAGCAAAUGAAGUGUCUUUGGGUUUUGGACAAGUUGGUUGGACAAAAGAAGAAAUUUGAAGACACCACUCUCAACUUUUGGAAACUAUGAUGAGCAUUUGUCAAAAUGUUAUGACAUUUUAUGAACUAAACAUUCAGUCACUUCUGGAACUGAACACAUCAAGAACCAAGUUUUUAAUGUCCGCCCCCUCAGGAUCUCAGAGUAAACGCUUAGUACGUCACCACUUAGCUCUGACAUUUAACAGACAUACUAAUAACUCCAGCAACAAUGGCAUCAAAAGGCCAAAGUGCACUGCAGCCACAAGACAUGUUGCAAAACAGGUCUUGUGGCUGCCUUAAUAGUUCCACCCUAAAAUUUUACAAACUACAUGGUCACUACACCCACAGUUUAUUGACGGGAAUUAGUCACACCCAGUCCAUGGGUUGUGUUGUAAAUGUCCUUCAGACAGAGAAGGAUGUUUAGUAGAAAAAUACAAUUCUGGAGUUUAAGAGUAUUAAAGGUUGGAUUUCACCUUAAAGUGAGUAUUUCGAUGAUGAGUUUUCUUUCAUCUAGUCAGUGGUCAUGUAGAAAGGCUACAAGAUGAUCUGUGGAAGUUGAAUACUGGGGCACUUUGACGGCGAGGGGGAAAGAGAGAUGUAGCGAGAGGGGAGGAGGAGGUGGAAAAGGUUUGUAUUGCUCUGUUGUUUCCUGGCAGAUGAAACGAACGGUAAUCUGUAGGAAACACCUUUUCUCCUCGCUCUCUUCCCCCCCACCAAUAAUGGACACAAAACAAAUGUUUCUUUCAAAGAAAGACCAGACAUAGUAACACUUUAUCUGAUUGUUGGUUUUAAUCCAAGAGACAGUAACACUUUCUUUGUACAAAUUAGAGGUGUAGAGAAUCUUCAUUGCGUGCUCGAGUCGCACCAAGGUGAACUUUGUGUUGAACGUGAAAAGUGUUCAGUGUGCCUUUUAGUUUUUUCAAUCAGAAUUUUGAAUAGCGUCAUUAUUUCUGGACCCAUUCAUUGUUUAUUUUAUUAUGAUUACUUUUCAAUAUUUUUUGUUUCUUUUCUUCAAAUAGAGCCAGGUUUUACAAAGGUACAAAACCAAAGUCCCUCAGAAGUUUCCCUGUACGACCCACCGUGUGGAGUUUUGGAGCUUCUUUUAUCAGCUUCUCUACCCUGCUUCUUUUUUUUUCUCACUCACUCUCUCUCUCUCUCUCUCUCUCUCUCUCUCUCUCUCUCUCUCUCUCUCUCUCUCUCUCUCUCUCUCUCUCCCUUUCUCUCUCUCUCUCUUGUUGGUCAAUCAGUGUAUGCCAUUUAAAAGUAUUAUAGCAAUAUUUCUCUAGUUGAAGACUAAAGUCAUGAAGAUUCUAGUGGACGUGUUUCCGAGUAUCAUAAUUUCACUGCUGAUAAAAACAAAAAACAUCAAUCUAUCAAUAGAAAUCCAGUUUUAUAUUUACCUUCAUUGAUGUUGACCACACAUAAGCUAACUUGCUGUUGAGAUUAAAAAAAAAAAGGUUUAUUGAACAUAAAAAAAA